AUGGCGCGUAUUCUCUUGUGGGUGAACCCAUGGAGCUUUGGCGCUUUCAUUACCCAAAUCAUUGCCAUAACACAAGCACCUGUCUUUUACUGUGCUGCAAUCUACGUUACUCUUGGCCAAAGCAUCGAACACUACGGUCCAAGUCUUGCUCGCUUUCCUACUAAAUACUUUGCUUGGGUAUUUGUACCUAUGGACAUCGUCUCUCUCAUCUUACAAGGCACUGGUGGAGGCUUGUCUGCGUCUUUGUCAGGAGCUAGCCAGGUCGGAGUCGAUGUCGCCAUGGCAGGUCUCAUUCUUCAAGUUAUUAUGCUUAUAGUAUUCUUUUAUUAA